AUGGACUUGGCUGCACUACAGGAAACUCUCAAGUUAGUCUGCAAGAAACAGCCUUCGUUAUUGAUGGAUGUCCUGAAAACUGCAAAUGAUAAUGGUGAUCCAACACCAGGGAGUAGCCCUGCGGUUCCAGACUGGUGCUCUUGCAAUAACUGUAGGGAGAUGCCUACCGAGAGGGAAAAACUGUGCUGUGGAAAAAUACCCCAGAACUGUCACACAAAAUUAGCUGAUUUCUAUACCAUAGUGCUAGAUGAAUUGGUUCUGGAAGUUGCCAUGAGAUUUAGGAAUGAUGCUUUGGCAGAACCUAGAGAUGACAACUACAACAGAGCUCAUCGGCAUACAGCUUACAGACAAUAUGUUAUGUGGAUGCAUGGCCGUCUUGGAGCUGGAAACCAAAAGGUCAUUCCCAGCUGCUGCAUAUGGAAAAUUCGAGACUAAUAUCCUGAACCUUCUGGUCAAUAUGUGGGAUACAUAGAAGGAGUCUUAGAUUGAUAAA